UAUAUCCCACAGUUCAAUGGGUGAGUUAAGGUCACCAGUCUAUGAUUUUAUCAUCUUAAUGUGUGAGCUGUGUAAUGCCAUUACUGUACUGAAUCAGUUCGAGGUGCUGUCCAGAAAGAAGAGAACUAAAUCAAUGGGGGAAUUCUCUCUCUCUCUCUCUUUCUGUGUGUGUGUAUGUGUUAGGAUGAUCCAUGCUGAAGCAGUGAGAGUGCACUGACCAUAAACAAUUCAUUACGAGGGCAGGACGGCUGAGGAACAGAUAUCUGCCCAGACCAAGACACAGUUCAAAUGUGAGCAAGAUGAAUGAUGGACGACAAAGGAUGAGAUCAUCUAUGUGGGACGAUUUGCAGUAGACCCGUAUGUACUGAAGUCUUUGGAUGAAUGUACGGAUGUUCAUUUGAAGCAGCAGCAAUCCAGCACCAAAUGGAUGCAGCAGCUUCUUAAACCCCUGCGGGAGGCUCACUGUCUGAGCUUGGCAUGACAUCUGCUGAGAACCAUGGACAGCUCUAAGCGAGCAACACGAUUGGUUAAGAGACAUGAGGGAUGCAGAGAAGAGUGAGAGAGAGAAAGCAAGAGAGAGAAAAGAUCACCAGGGGACGGAGUGAGUAAGCAGUGAGGGCUGGAGGGAAGGAGAUCAGAGAGCAAAAAAGAAGGUAGAGCGAGAGAGAGAGAAAAAAAGAAAAGACAGAUGCUAUAGCUGGUCUUUUUGCCUACUGACGCCCGAGCUGGAUUCAUCGCUGCGUGUGUGACGCGCACUGGGGGUGUGCGUGUGUGACGGCAGCCGCGGCGGCAGCAGCAGCAGGGGGAGGACGGAUCAAAGAGAUUGUAGGACACGAUGCAUUUAGCUGCCUAACGUCUCUGCGCACACACCGCAGCCGGCUAAACGAGAACACGCUCAUACUACACGCAUCCGCACGCAGCCCACCCCACACACACACCACGCGUGUGUGGGGACAGCGCAGAUGAGGCAACCACCAAAGGGAGGUGUGGAUCUUUCCAGAAGCGUUUGGUAGGGGGAGAGGACAGCCUUGGUGGCCAUAGCCCAGAAGGAGCGGUCGUAGGUGGGGAAGGUUACCGUUGGUUAUCUUCAAACGCCAAAGAUGGACACGUCCUUCAUCCUUCUCUUCCUCACGCCACUGUGUGUUUCCUCCGUGCUGCGUCGCUGUCGCCGGGCUUGUCUGUCAGCCGCAGGGGGAUUCGAUAUCGUGCGGUGUUGAGAAACGCACACACAGAACACACCUGGAGAUCAGCUGUUCUGGGAGAGAAGAUUCACCGAUACCGCAGUCUCUCUGCUGUGCUGAAGGAUGGAUUCAGGGGAAGACGAGUGCACACAUUUCCUGCAGUACGUGGAGGACAGCGGUCUGAGGGCGUAUGACGAGCUGGUUAUCCAGAACGCUUCUGACAUCGCCCGAGAGAGUGACCGCGUCCGCAACCACACACACUGGACAUACCUACAGGAGAAAAACCAGAAGAAGAGACGGCAAGAGGAAGCUAUCAAGAGGAUUGGUGAGGAUGUGGCGCGUGUGACAGAAGGAGGAGGAUACGCAGGCAAACACUUUCGUAUGGGCUUCAUGACGAUGCCAGCCCCUCAGGACCGCGUUCCUCCUCCCUGCGGGCCGGGCUUCACUGUACGCUCGCAGUCUCUGCACUCGGUGGGAGGGGGAGAAGAGGAGGGGAGUCCCACUUCGCGAAAACAGCCCCCACCCAAACCCAGACGAGAUCCCAACACCAAACUCAGCACCUCCUCUGAGACCGUCAACACUGGGCUCAGCACGGGGAAGAGCGGGAAGGAAACAGAGAAGUGUGACGCAUCCAAAUCCCGCCCAUGCAGUGAGGAGUACCGUCGCAUGCCUCCACCCAAACCCAAACGCAACCCCAACACCCAGCUCAGCACAUCCUUUGACGAGUCCUACAUCCAAAACCACGGCAGCAAGGCUAAAUCUGCCUCUCUGCCGCGGCAACACAAAAAGAAGUCGGCAUCUCAAAAUCAAAGCCCCGCCCCUGACACUGACGAUGAGGCGGAGCCUGUUUAUAUAGAGAUGGUAGGGAACAUCUUACGAGACUUCAGUCGAAUUGCCGGAGCUAAUGGUGAUGAAGAAGAUGACCAAGGUGAAAGUGUGUAUGAGGAGAUGAAAUAUCCUGCCUACGAUGAUUUACCUUCAUCUUUAGACCACGCGCAGUCGCGAUGGGAGCAAUGCUCCACGGCUUUGGUGCCGGAAGUUGAACUUACACGACCCACCACCCCACGUGGUUCGCUGUGUGACAUUCCCGCCCCAUUCCCGAAUCUGCUUUCCCAUCGUCCUCCUCUACUAGUAUUCCCACCUGCACCAGCCCAAUGUUCCCCCAACUCUGACGAAUCUCCUCUUACUCCACUGGACGUCACCAAACUGCCCAUGUUGGAGAAUGUUGGAUAUACGAAACCCGGUGCGUCCCCGACUAGCGCCGAACCUGGACCACCGCUGGAGGCGCAGCAGGUGUCUGGUAAACACCACCACCACCAUCAUCACCAUAAGAAGUCAGCGGAGACUAAGGAACAACAAACAAUCACAGCAUCAGGACGGUCGUCCGCUCCUCCUCUGCCGUCUGCGCUGUAUAAAAGUGGCGGGUCAUCCGCAGCGCACGGUUAUCCAAGGAGCCACUCUGCCUGCCCGUCCCCUGUUAGCAUGGGUCGCGCGCUAACGCCACUCACCCUGAAGCGCCCGCCGCCGUAUGACGCCCUCAUGACCGGGACAAUUCCUCGCAGUGCGUCUGGAGUUCCGCAUGGAUCGCGUGAAAGUGGGCGGCUAUCGAAUUCCUCUAGCGUGCACGGAGGGUCCAUGCAAAACGUCUCGACUGCGUCAGGCUCAAGCUCAGGGUCUGGAGGUCGAGGCAGUCGUACACCAACCAGUCCUUUGGAUGAGCUCAGCAACCUAUUCUCUUCUGGACGUAAUAUGCUGAAGAAAGGUUCUGGAAGUCGCAAGAAUAAGGAGUCAGCAGAUGGUGAAAGUAAAGGCAGAAGUGACAGCAGGGACAGAGCCCUUCGUAGCUCUUCUCCGAAAUCACAGGAUUGGGAAACGCCCACAGGACAAUCAGCCACGCCCACAGCCACGCCCAGUCGGUUCGGCCGCUCCUCCAUCAGCCCGACCACCAUGCUUGGAGAAUCAAAAGCUGGAUGUAAACUCGGUCGCUCUGCAUCCACAUCAGGAGUCCCGUCCCCUGUGGGAACGCCCCAAAGACACGCCUCUGACGCUGGGACCCCGUUCCAGAUGCCCCCAAUGCCCUGGGCAUGUGGGGACAGCACCAUGAUGGAGAUGAUCGAGAAGAAACGUCACCUGUGCAAGGAGAUAAAAGCCAGACAGAGACCUUCAGACAAAGCCCUGUGCAAGCAGGACAGCAUGCCCAUCCUGCCCAGCUGGAAGAAGACCAACGGGGGCAAGAAAUACGGGCCGCCUCCGUACUCCACCCAAACCACUGUCUUCUGGGACACUGCUAUAUAAAUGGUGACCAGCCAACUACAGCCAUGGAGACUGAGGGGGCGUAUCCAAACACUGAUUGACAGCAAGCAGGACUGCGCGAAAUACACAGUGAAGGAUGAUCAAAUCUCCCUGGUUUCCUAUCGCUGUUUAUAUUUGAUAUUUUUAUAUCGGAGAUAACUGUCUUAAUAUUAAAUAUGAUUACUAUAAUUAGCGGUUUUAUAAAGAGAAACUCUCGAGACGAGAUCUAAGAGGGAAAAUGCUACACUUUUACCCAUGAGAUGAUAUUUGUCCUCUUCGAAAUGGUAUUUCUAUUUAUUUUCUAUCCUUUUUUUGGGGGUGUUUCUAUAUUUGGCACUCAUCCGUGUGUCUGGGGAAAUAAUCUAUAAUGUGUGGUGAAAUAUGUGCAGUAAUUCCAUGGAGAAAACACGUUGUUUUUGAUGCCUAUGCAUUUGGUUAUACAGCAUGGACGGCGCUUUUGUUCAUUGUCUGUUUUUCAUAUGGAGAGUUUAUUUGAGAAUAAUAUAUUUUUGGUGUCUGUACUUUAAAUGUUGGAUUGUGAGGUGUCAGGCUGUCGUUCCUAUGACUUCUGGGUUGGACUUGAAGGCGAUCAGCUGGAUUUUGACAUAUUAGGUGGGUUUGAUUGGUCGGAUUGGAUUAUGAGAUAGUACAAAUCAGGCAGAUAUUGAGCGUACGGUCAAGAUAAACUGUGAGGGCACUUUCUGUUUUGCGAGGGCAGCUGGUGCAUUCAGUUGUGAGCAACUCACAAACACACACUAAUAUCAGCUGCUUUAUGGCCUAACAUUUGGUGCUGUUCAACUCUUGAAUGUUCAACCUUAACAGCUACAUGACAGUCAUACAGAUAAUACAACUGGUGCGAAAUUAGCAUGGGCGGUUCGCGUAUAUUCCAUAGGUUUUCACAUGGUCAGGGACUGGAUGAUGAAAAUUCAUAAACCUGGUCCUAUACCAUGUCAGAUAAUAUCUCGAAUACAUACACCGUCCUUUUAUGAAGCACUAUGCAGACAUACUGUCAGUUUACAUGCCCAUAUAUCAUUGCGACACGAGUCAAGGGCAGGCAAUAUCGUGCUGAAAAGGCUCAGAAAGAAAAGGCCAGGCCAUUAUUUACUUUGAUCAGAUGCUGUGCAUCAAGGCUGCAUCCACAGCUUUACCACGCAAUCAAAAAGCCAUGCCGGUGCAUUCAAGCACACUUGACUUUGUGAGAUCUAGUUAUCAUAACAGCUUGCCCACUAGCAAGCCAAGCACGGUCUUGACAUAGCAGGAGAGUAAAUGCCUUUCUUUGUGUAUCUCUGGAAUGAGAUCAAACAAUUCGGGGGAAGAAACAUACUAAAUGCAAGUACACAAACAGAUCCAUGGCUAACGCUUUUGAAAGCACUUGGUUUCUUAAAGGGACAGUUCACCCAAAAUUAAAAAAUAUGUCAUCAUUUCUCACCCUCAAGCUGUUUCUUUUAGUGAGUUUCUUUUAGUUUUUAGCUUUAGUUGAUGGUAGCCAUUGACUUUUUACAGUAGGGCUGGACGAUAUGACCUAAUAUCUAAAUUUUGAUUAAUUGAAUAUUUUACCUCAAUUAUGAUUAAUGAACGAUUAUUAUUAUUUUAUUUUAUUUUUUCCUUUUUUUCUGCCCUGAUAGUAAAUCUUAUCCUGUCACUCUAUAUGCGCAAGUAUUUACUCUAGGUUCUUACUGGCCAUUCACACAGAACACAACUUUGCGUCUAAAACGCGAGAUGCAGCGCUCAGGAAUGGUCUUUAAAAAAGCGCAGCGCAGAAUGCCUACUUCGCCAUGUUGCCGUCAAAUACAAAAAUUGCCGUGCCAACUUACUGCUGUAAACAAAAGCUUGCAAUGCUUGCCCCGCCUCUGUGGUCUUCUGAUUGGUCCACUGUUUUGGAACUGACAUUGAUGAACAGCCCUUGUGUACACACGCCACUCACGUGUAAGACGCUGCAAAAAACAUGAGUGCAACGGUCAUAGAUGUCCAUACAGCGCUGACUACACAUACAGUAGUAUGUUUUUAAUGGGAAAGUAUUAACAGGACUAAAAACUGAAAUAAAGGACAUGGGAAAAUUUCAAUAACAAUUUCAUUUUCAAUUACUUUUCAAUUAAUUGUCCAGCAUUUUUCCACAGUAUGGAAAACUAUGUGGAAAUUACUUUAACGAUCUAAGUGCAUAUUCUAAAGCGUACUGCGCGGCGUGUGUCCGAAUCCACUUUUGCUAUUUUAAGGAUGGGAAAAACUGUCUGCAAGCCCGGCACAUGGUCUAAAAGGGUUGUCCCUAUUCUCUUGGUUGUGUUUUGGGCGUAACGUGCAUUAAACCAAUCAGAGUCUCAUACAUGGCGGAAUUUGCUAGAACAAAGACUGAACGCUUCCCCAGAGACCCCCAGGGUGCCAAGGGGAGCUUCAUGGGCCGAGCCCCCUCAAAUGUGUUACUGUGCACCCCUUUCCCUCCUCUCGAUCGUUUUCGAAAGCAAAAGUGAAACCAAAAAAAAUAGCUUGCAUAAGAAAGUGAUGGACUAUCCAUUAUGACAUAUAGGCAUUUUUAUAUUUAUGUACACAAUAAUAAUCUUUGUAUUGUAAUCCUUUCUCUUUUUUAAUAUUUGGCAUGUUUGUGUGCUGCUGUGCAUUCCUGUGUGUGUAAUAAGUAAUGUAAGUAAGUGUAAUAAGAGUGUACGUGCAUUGUGCACCUGCCUAUAUGCGCAUAUUACUAACGUGCUCUUUAAAUAACAAAAAAUAUUGAGCCAUUGAUACUAGACCAGGUUUCAGUUGGUCAAUGGCGCAGUCUAUUUCAGUUGACUUAAAAUAGCAACGUGCCAACAAUGCACCUGAACGCAGCUCGUUUUUAGACCAGCACACCCAUGGGCGCAAAUUCAUUUGCUAUUUACGUGGCGCAGGACGUGAAAAUGAUAACUGUGUCGGGCUGAAACUAGCAAUAAACACUUGCGUCACAUUGCGCCAGGUACAUGAUAGGGCACUGUAAGUCAAUGGCUGCCGUCAACUGCUUGGAGUAAAUGAUGACAGAAUUGUAAUUUUUGGGUGAACUAUCCCUUUAAGUGUGGCAGUAACAAAGUUUAGUAUUCAAGCAGGCAACAGAGUGUUGCAGGAAUGAGUCUUAAACCUGGAAGAAAAAAGAUGUUAAAUGCCUAAAAUUAGGUGUGGUUUACAAAAGCUUAAGAUAUUUUCACAUUUUAUUCUACGACAUAAAACAGUAAUACCCCACUCAUGAUUUUUUUUUUAAAGAUUUUGUAUCUUGAAAAAGGUGGUUACUAACAAAUGGCUAGUAGGUAAACCACUCUACUCACUAGUCUGCUUCUAUAGCCUUGUUUUGUUUAUACUUGCAAUCUUUUUUAACUCAAACUUUCCAACUAGUAGAUUUUAAAUCAAAAUUGAAAACUUUUUUUCUGACAUUUGUAGGCUUCAAAAUUCAUAAAAGUUGUGUUCUUUUGUAAAGAAUAUCAUGAUUUUGCAUUCUCAGUAUUGCCAAAAAAAACUAUUUCAUUAAAGGGAUAGUUUAUCUAAAAAUAAAAAUUGUGGCAUUAAUUACUCACCCUCAUGUCGUUCCAAACUCGUAAGACCUUCGUUCAUCUUUGAAACACAAAUUAAGAUAUUUUUAAUGAAAUCCAAGAGCUUUCUGACCUUACAUAGACAGCAAUGCAACUGACAUGUUCAAGGCCCAGAAAGGUAGUAAGGACAUCGAUAAAAUAGUCCAUGUGACAUCAAUGAUUCAACCGUAAUUUAAUGAAGCUUACGAGAGUACUUUUUGUGCGCAGUGAAAACAAAAAGAAUGACUUUAUUUAACAAUUUCUUCUCUUCUUGCAUACGUUGUGUUGUUUGUUGUUGUUUUUUUAUUGUUUUGUUUUGUUAUAGUAAUUAAUAAUAGAACUGUAAUUUUUGGGUGAACUAUCUCUUUAAAAAGAGACUAACAGUCAUGCUAACAUUGCCCCUUGUGACAAUAGUGAGAAUGCAGUGUCUUCUUGCAUUAUUAAUUGUAACGCAUUUCAUAUCACAAUAAUCUGAGAAAUCAAUGAUUGCAUAUGUACUUGCAUAGAGUAUGUCUUGGUGCUAAAAGAAAGUCACCCAAAAUAGAGAGUUCUGUCAUCAUUUACCGAACCUCUGUCACUCCAAAGCUGUCUGACUUUCUUUAUUCUGUCUAAACAAUGAAAGUCACUAAGAAGUUUUGGACCUCACUUUACAAUAAAACAGCUUAAGCAGUUAUUAAAAAAUCUUCUGUGUUCCACAGAUGAAAGAAAAUCACACAAGUUUGGAGUGAAAAAAAGAUAGCUGAACUAUCCCUUUAACAUACCGAAGGGCCUAGAAAACAAAGCGGAUGGUUUGAGAGAUAGAUUGGAUUCACAGUGCCCUUUUAAGUGUUCAUUUAUCACUAAAUGAUGAUGAUAUGGAAUAGCCAGUGAGCAAUGGUGUUGGUGUCAUUUAGCAAUCAGCUGGCUUUGCCGUCAGUAGUUUGAGGGACCAAUGCAGAUGUUUAUCUGCCAAUUAAAAAUGGCAAUGCAAACUCUGUUUUACACUCUGCUGUACAGUGGUUGCCAUGGAGACACUGUGCUCUGUAGUUCUUUGCACUGCUGUGGGCGGGACUGUGAUGUCAUGCUGAAGUUCUGAUUGAUGUCUGCUGAAGCCACACCCCUACCGAUGGUGCCGGUUGUCUGAAGCCCCUCCCCUCACUGCCAUCCCCAUUGCACAACCACACAUCCUAACCUGCUUAUUUAAUACACACUUGACAUUAAACCAACACAGAGACACUCUUCAAUGUAAACCAUGUACAUCAAAUACAGGCACUUUUCAACAAUUGUAUCAGCGCACGCUCACACAAACAUGUACAAAGAUGGCAUCCAAGUUAAAAAGCAUUGCCUUGGAGACCUGGGUUCACUGUGACUUAAAAAAAAAAAAGACUUUAGGGAGGGGCUUAAAGGUCAGUAGAAUGAUGCCAUUAAGGUUUACAAUGAAAUGAAGGUAAAUAAUCCUACUAACAUAACACGCAACAAUACAGUAUAGUAGUUAGGGGGAAAGACCAAAAACAGAGGGGUGAUCAGUUCUGCAGAAUCACCCCCAAGAUGCAGUACCACGAUUUACCAGUAGAUGGCAGUAACAGUAUAGUGUUCUUCAUAUGCACUGCAUUCCAGUUUGCAUACUACAAGUAUGUACUUUUGAAUGCAUUACAUUAACACAUUAUGUACCACAGGAACAUUAUAGGAACAGCUUACCCAGAAAUGAAAAUGUACUCACCCUCAGGCCAUCCAAGCUGUAGAUGCAUUUGUUUCUUCGUUAGAACAAAUUAAACCAAAAAGUUAUUAUGGAUUAAGGACUUGUAUUUUGGCAGAAAGUGACAGUUAAAAGUUAAAAUUACUAUAUGGAUUUGUUUCUUACAAAUUAACUGAUGAACUGGAGUUGUGUGGAUUAUCGUGAUGUUUUUAUCAGACUCAGACUCAGUUUUAUUGGACUCUCAUUCUGACGGCACCCAUUCACUGCAAAGGAUCCAUUCGUGAGCAUGUGAUGUAAUGCUACAUUUCUCCAAAUCUGUUAUGAUGAAGAAAGAAACUCAUCUACAUCUUGGAUAGCCUGGCCUGAGGAUAAGAGAAUUGUUAGCAAAUUUUCCAUUUUGGGUGAACUUUUCUUAAUUCAUAAUUUAAAACCUUAAACUAAAAAGCCGAAGAUGUAAGAAUAGUGUGAUAGUAUUCUGAUGUGCAAAAGAUUCUGGUCAUAUCAGAAAAAAAUAUGCAUGGAUGUGUAUACUGAAAGUCCACAGAAAAAUUAAUACCAUACAAUUAUGCUUUCUAUUUUCACUGGAAUAUAAUUUGUUAAGCACAAAUUUUCUCACCUCGCCAACUAUAUACAAUGCAUAGUAUACAAACUGGGAUGCAGACAUACAAACCAGAAUUCCAUCAUGGUGUUAUAGUCAAUCUAACCAUCUGUCUUUACAGUUUUUAAAGGAUUAGUUCACUUCCAGAAUAAAAACUUUCUGAUAAUUUAAAACAAAUUAAGGUUUUUUGAGGAAAACAUUCUAGGAUUUUUCUGCAUAUAGUGGACUUCAGUGGGGACCAACUGGUUGAAGGUUCAAAUUGCAGUUUAAAUGCAGCUUCAAAGGGCUCUACUGAGGAAUAAGGGUCUUAUCUAAUAAAACGAUCUGUGAUUUUCUAAAAAAAAAAAAAAAAAAAAAAAAAAAAAAAAAAAAAAAAAAAAGAAAGAAAAUGUAAAAUUUAUAUACUUUUUAACCACAAAUGCUCAUCUUGCACUAGCUGGACAUCACACAUUACGUAAUCACAAUGGAAACGUUGGAGAAUUUGUUGUUAAAAAGUAUAUACAUUUUAAUUUUUUUAAGAAGAUGACGGAUCGUUUCACUACAUAAGACCCUUGUUCCUUGUCUGGGAUCGUGUAGAGCCCUUUGAAGCUGCAUUGAAACUGCAAUUUGGACUUUCAACCCACUGGCCACCAUUGAAGUCCACUAUAUGGAGAAAAACAGUGGAAUGUUCUCUUCAAAAACCAUAAUUUCUUUUCAACUUGGAAAGAAAGACAUGAACAUCCUGAAUGACAUGGGGGUGAGUAAAUUAUCAGGACAUUUUUAUUUUAUAAGUGAACUAAUUCUUUAAAUGCUAUAAAGACGAAAAGCCAAAAUGGGAAUUCAGGUUUCUGGGGGAAUCUGAAACCAUUUAGAUCUUUGUAUUGUGAGUUUAGAACAGCUAGAGAUCUCAGUACCAGAUGAAUAUUACUCAACGCAGUGAUUUCCCAGAGUCACAUUCAUGGAACCUAAAAUGAAGCCAGACAGGUUCUAGAACACUUGUGAUGCAAAUGUUCUUUGAUGCAUUCUGAUUUCUGUCAUGAAAUGUUCUAGAAUACGGGUUUUCGUGGCAUACCUUGAGAAUGCUUCGGGGGUUAGUUCUUUUACCACCUACAACGGAAGAGCCAAUUAUUGUUCCUCCAGAGUCGUUUGCAGUAAUUUUCCAGUGCACUUAUAUUUUACCCAUACAAAGGGAUCUUCUGAUAUAUGAAAUGUUUAGUUUCCUAGAUGUUGGAGAAAAAAAAAAGAAAAAAAGAAAAUGAAUCAGUAUGUAUACAUCAUAAUUCAAAAGAAUGAUGAUAUGUAAGAUAACUUCUCGGAAAAAAAAACACUUAGUGGCUGACACAUACGCUCUCAUUCACACACAAUCUCUUUGCAGUUUUGGAUUUUUGCAGUGUGUAAAUAUUCUCUAGUUUAAUCAGUGGACGCAUUUGUUGCACUACGGGAGUGUAACAUAAGCACAGUGGUGUCCGAGUGUGUGUGCGUAUGUGUGUGUGUGUCUCUUUUGCACUCAGAGUGUUGCAGUCUUUACCUUUUCUAGUAUUUUUAUUUUAGAAUGUCAAAAAAUAAGUACAAAUGAAAAGAGUAUGCUUAUUGUAUCACUGUUUUUCUUUGAAUUAUUUACAGAGUAUGACAGAAAUAAAUACAUAUGUUUUUGCA